UCACUACGUACUACUCUAACGUGAUUAGAGUUGCCAGUUGGGCGUAGCUAUAAUUGUUGUUUUAUGUUUAAUUUGCCCCCUCAGUCUAUCAAAAUCUCUUUGGGUCCUCAGCUUAUAAAUUCAAGAAUUUAACUUGCAAACUCCACACAAACUCUACUUGGGUGCUGAGUAAGAAAGCCAGAACACAUGCCCAUGAAAGGAAGCAAAGUGGAAGUUUUGGGUAUGGUGGUUCUAGGACUACUACUUCUAGUAGAAUUUGCUAGUGGAUUGAGUAUUUGUAACAUGAACGACGAUGGUUUGACAGCGUGUAAGCCAUCAGUAACACAACCAAAUCCAGUGGAUCCAUCUGCUUCUUGCUGUGAAGCCUUGUCAGGUGCAGACUUGCAGUGCUUGUGUUCUUAUAGGAAUUCAUUCUUAUUGCCCUCUCUUGGGAUUGAUCCUGAACUUGCCUUGGCUCUUCCUACUAAAUGCAAUCUCACUUCUCCUCCUAAUUGUUAAAAACAAAACUAAAUAGUGAUCUUCAAUUUCUUCCCUACUAUACUCCUAGCUAGCUUCUUAAUUAAACUACUUUGUUGUAGUAAUUUAAAUUAUGUUUGAUUUUGAGACCCGGAUCCAUUUGAAAAGGAGGGUAGGGUCUCGUUUGUUUUCGUUAUGAUUAAAAUGUUUGAAUUUGAAUGAUUAAGAUAUUCUUUCUAAA